CAGAACAAAGGCCCAGGCUUCCAUUUCGAAUAACACUGUUUACACUGGCGGAUCUUCACCUGAUCAAAUCAAGCUUCAAAUCGCGACAGAAAAUAUACCUGUCGAGAAAAUGAUUGUCUUUUUGGUCAGCAUUCUUCUAAUCACCUUCAAUGGAGUUCAAGUAGUUGAUUGCAAUUCUGAGAGCUAUUCCUUCCGCGUUUCCGAAAAUGGGGCAACGUUUACCGAAGAUGUGGAAGUGGAUGUCGACAAUCAAACCGAAGUGUUCCGUGUUCCUCAGCACAACGAUGUGGAUGCAAUGGAAAUGAUGAAUGACUUUAGAGAGGGUUUGUCUGUUUACCGAGUACCAUCAGCACGUGCCUGCUAUGUAGCUAAGCUGGAUUCAUCUUUUCCUGUGCCAGAGAAGAUGAAAGUCAACUUGGGAAAUACGUUAUUCGCAAACUUCGAUGCAGCCCAGGUUACCCAGCCGGGUGACAACAAAUUAAAAGAAAGAGCUUGGAGGGUGGUCAGUUUCGCGCAACGAUCAGCUUUGCCUCAGAAGUUUCUGGAUUUCUGUGGCAGCUUUCCAAUCUAUACCAUUGAACAAACGUCGAUUGAUUCGGCAACGAGGUCUUUAAGCAGAGGUUUUGGCCGUCGAAAGCGGAGUCAUGCUAUCAGGGAAUUUUCCUUAUGUAGUCAGGAUGAUGUGAAAACAGCGAUACGUUGUUUCCAAAAGGAAAUCAAUCGACGACGGAAAUACGCAUCUAAGGACAUUCAAUAUAGUAUAAGAUGCAAAUAUGCUACACAUUGUGGUACUUACAUUGUAGACUGUAAGCCCACAGGUAUGGGUGGUUUUACGUGUGAGAAGUUAGUUCAUUUUGUAAACUACAUUGGUUUUUGCUGUUCUUUUGUAUGUUAAUGUUAAUAUGAUUUAUCUGAAUGGGCCAAUUUAAGAUUGUAGAAACAAAUUAUACAAAGAUUCUUUAAUUCAUUGGCAGGCUGCAUUGAUAACCCCUCUAGCUAGGCAUCACUAAAAUGUGUAAACUGUAAGCUACUAUAAGGUAUUUCUAGUGAUAUUUUCGAAAUAGUAUAAGAAACGCGUAGUUUGC